CAUCAUCAAUACAGCAGAAUACAAAAUGAGCGGAUUAGGAGCAGCGAAAAAAGUCCGAGGGGCACUGAUCGUGAUCGAAGGAUUAGAUCGAGCAGGAAAGAGUACCCAAGUAAGUCGAAUUGCCCAGUCAAUCACAGCAAAAACAAUCAAGUUUCCCGAAAGAACAACACCGAUCGGUAAAAUGAUUGAUUCAUACCUUGGUAAAAUGAGUGAAAUGGACGAUCAUGCAAUUCAUCUACUAUUUUCGGCAAAUAGAUGGGAAAAAGUUGAUGAAAUAUUACGAUCUCUAGAUGAUGGUCAACAUGUCAUUUGUGAUCGUUAUGCAUUUUCGGGAAUCGCUUAUUCGUGUGCAAAGGGACUCAGUCAUGAUUGGUGUAGAUCGCCAGAUGUGGGACUGCCUUUACCAGACUUGACGCUUUUCUUAUCCUUGACGCCAGAAGUAGCCGCUCAACGAGGUGCUUAUGGUGAAGAAAGGUAUGAGGUAGUUGCUAUACAAGAAAAGGUCAAGACUAUCCUGUCUCAAUUGGGCUCAGAGACAAACGUUGGACCUUGGCAAACGAUUGACGCAGGUCAGGAUAUCGAUAAAGUGACAGAAGAUUGUUUAGCAGAAGUGAAGAAGGCAAUCGACUCAGUUCAAUUAAAAGGAGCUCCGAUAGGUAAAUUGUUCACAUAGAUGAAGCGGAGACAUACUCAUCAUAUUGUAAUCUAUACAUCAAAUGCAUGC